AUGGUGAAUCCGGUGGGACUCAGGUUUCUUCCGACCGAAGAAGAGAUCGUUGACCACUACCUCAGGUUAAAAAAUCACGGUGGUUCCAACACGAGCCAUGUCGAUCAAGUCAUUAGCACAAUUAAUAUCUGUAACUUCGAUCCUUGGGAGUUACCUCGGCAGUCGAAGAUGGAGUCAAAAGAUAAGGUUUGGUAUUUCUUCGGACGCAAGGAGAAGAGAUAUAACAGAGGUGAACGUCAGAUCAGAAAAACCAAGUCUGGUUUUUGGAAGAAAACUGGAGUUACAAUGGAUAUCAAGCGAAAGAGAUCAGGGCAUCGCGAAAAGAUCGGUGAGAAAAGAGUUUUAGUGUUUCACUCGAGCGGAUCCAAAACCAACUGGAUCAUGCACGAGUAUGACGCUGCUUGCUUGUCUCCUACUCAGAACAUGACAUAUACAAUCUGCAAAGUACACAAAAAGGAUGAGGCUACAGAGAUUUCUUCUCCUGGUAGUGAUAUUGAUGCGCAUAGUCUCUCUCUAGGCACUCAUAUGAAUAACUCUGGAGGAGAAUCUAGUACUGCAGCAUCUGAGGAACCAAAGAAUCCACACCAGCUUAGUGUUUUUUUUGAUAAGAAGCAAGAAACUGAGCUCGAAGAAGCAAUUCACGGGGCUUUCGACAAUCUGUCAAGUUAUGAUUGGAAAUACUUGCUUGGUGAUGAUGAGCAGAGUAAGACUGUUUCUAUGCAAAACUCAUUGAUCGGUGUCUUCGACUGGGCAUAA